CUCAGAGAGAUCAAUAGAGGCAGUGGAUGUAGACAUUUACCUGGAGACAACAUAAAAAGGGCCUCAGCACACAGGAGCCGCAGAAGAUUCUCCUGAGGAGAAGUGAGUAGAGCCAUCUAGAGGAUGAAGUGUGUUGUUGUGUUGCUGAGUCUCCUCUCAGUGGGAUGCUCCGCUCCUGUGAGUUCCUGCGAAAGUCUGACUGAACCAAUCACCAUCAGCAAAGAGGAGAUGUUGGGUAGAUGGCUGUACAUCGGGGGAAGCACUAACUUCCCAGGAAGCCGCUCGCUGGGCCACCUGCUGACCAAUGUCUGGUUGAAUAUCUCUGAGACUUCCGAGAGCAACAUCCUGAAACUCAUCCAGACUCAGAGAAUAUUCAAUGAAUGUUCGAGCUUAAUGUACAACGUGACCUUUGAGAACAGCACGAUGUUAGUAGAGCAACCUUUCCACCUGAAGGAAGUCUAUCUGCCAACUGACUGCUCAGACUGUCUGGUCGUCCAUGAAGAAGUUAUCGCUGACGAAGACAAGUUUACCAGUCUUCUGCUUUUCAGCAGGGGACAGAACGUCUCUGCCGACACUCGGGAGAUGCUCAUAAGACAAGCAAAAUGUCUCAACAUUCAGUCGCCCAUAAUGCUAAAACCAAACAACGAAAUCUGUCCAGACAACACUCCGUCUUUAGGGGGACUCCGCACCCUUAACCCCUUGUUUGAGGCCAAGAGGGGACAUCAAGUCUUGAGAUUUCUGGACACUUUUUUUGAUUUGUUUGUGAACGAUGAUGAUGAUUGAUUUGUGUCACAAGUCAUUUUGAAUGAGUAAACAUAAAUU